UCUAGUCCUCCUCUUCUUCCUCCCCUCCCUGGACCAGGGCUGAAGUUUCUGUGCGCAAAAGCCUGGCUGGCUCGCUGGCUUCUUCCACCGAUGAAGCUUUGGCUUUCCACCUUUCCCCAUCCUCCUAAGGCCCCCUUCCUCUGCUGCUAAGGCUUUGGGGGCAGUGGCACCUUGGGUGCCCCCCACUUUUCCCCCAAGAGGAUUUUGGUGCAAAGCAGGAGGAGUUAUUGGAAUAACUGGAAAGGACCCCACUGGCCAUCUCUCUCUCUCUUUCUCUCCUCUUUGUGCUUGGAGUGGAGGAGGAAAGGGCAAGGAAAGAGGAAAGGAAAGAAAGGAGGAGGUGGAGGAGAGAAAGGGGGGGCUAAGGGACCAUCCAAGAGACCCAAGGAUGGAGGCCCCCUUGGCCUGAAGGGUCGCCUAGGGAGCUGCUCCUAGGAGCCUUUGGAAAAAGGAGAAGGGGAGCUCUCCUGCCUUCAGAGCUUUUGGAAAGUCCGGCUUCGGGGGGCUUUUGUGUGUGUUUUUUUCCUCUGGCUGGGCUCCUGGGAAGGACAAGGGGCGGCUAUGCGCGUGGGAAGCCCGGGCUCCGUGGAACCAAGGUGUUGGCUGCUAUCAUGACUGAUGGCGAGAGAAGAGAACACUUUCAGCCGCUGGCGAGCGACGAAGUACGGGUCCCCAUAGCCUCCAUAGGCUCUGCCCCUGGACAAGUGCCCCAAUCCAGGGAAGAGAAGGACGAGGAUGCUCUCAGUGCAUGUAAAUCCAUCCAGGACAGUCUUGGCUCAGUGGGAUCGUCUGCCCGGGAUCCAGCCCAAGAUGGAGAGAACCAGGUCCCUUACCCUGCGCUGGCCUCCACCGUCUUCUUCUGCCUUGACCAGACGACCCGACCGCGGAGCUGGUGCCUCAGACUGGUCUGUAACCCCUGGUUUGAGCAUGUUAGCAUGCUGGUGAUCCUCCUGAACUGCGUCACUCUGGGGAUGUUCCAGCCUUGUCAAGACACCAAGUGCAAGUCGGAGAGGUGCACCAUCUUGGAGGCGUUUGACCACUUCAUCUUUGCCUUCUUUGCGGUGGAGAUGGUCAUCAAGAUGGUUGCUCUGGGGAUCUUUGGGCAGAAAUGUUACCUCGGAGACACGUGGAACCGUCUGGACUUCUUCAUCGUGAUUGCCGGCAUGAUGGAGUACUCUUUGGACGGACACAACGUCAGCUUAUCCGCCAUCCGUACGGUCCGGGUCCUAAGGCCUUUGCGAGCCAUUAACAGGGUGCCAAGUAUGCGCAUACUUGUGACCCUGCUGCUAGAUACUCUGCCUAUGUUAGGCAACGUUCUUCUCUUAUGCUUCUUUGUCUUUUUCAUCUUUGGGAUCGUCGGGGUGCAGCUCUGGGCAGGCCUGCUGCGGAACAGGUGUUUCCUGGACACCAAUUUCCAAAUGACAUACAACUUGACUUUCCUGCAUCCGUACUAUCGACCGGAGGAAGGGGAGGAGAACCCAUUCAUCUGUUCAUCCCACCGGGACAACGGCAUGCAGAAAUGCUCCAGCAUCCCAAUCCGGAAGGAGUACAAGGUGGAAUGUACUUUGAGCAUGGACUCUUACAACCCGAACUCGUAUCCUCUGGACUUCAGCAGCCGCAACGGCUGCAUAAACUGGAACCAGUAUUACAACGUUUGCAGGACGGGCGACUAUAACCCGCACAAUGGAGCUAUUAAUUUUGAUAAUAUUGGCUAUGCUUGGAUAGCUAUUUUUCAGGUUAUAACCCUGGAAGGAUGGGUUGACAUCAUGUACUAUGUCAUGGAUGCGCACUCUUUUUACAAUUUUAUAUAUUUUAUACUACUUAUAAUAGUUGGUUCUUUCUUCAUGAUUAACCUGUGCCUGGUUGUGAUCGCAACACAGUUUUCCGAAACAAAGCAGCGGGAGAACCAGCUGAUGCAAGAGCAGCGGGCCCGCUACCUCUCCAACGACAGCACAAUCGCCAGCUUCUCCGAACCGGGGAGCUGCUAUGAGGAACUCCUCAAGUACAUCUGCCACAUUUUCAGGAAAGUCAAGCGGCGGACGUUGCGGCUCUACAACCACUGGCAGAACAAGCGGAGGAAAAAGGUGGACCCCACCAGCGCGGCCCACAAUGGCCAGGGGCACCGGAGCAAGAAGCGCAUCACCUCCAUCCAUCACCUGAUCCACCACCAUCACCACCACCACCACCACCAUUACCACCUCAGUAACGGCAGCCCGCAAGGGCCGCGCUCCAACCCGGAGAUCUGCGACCUCAAACUCAGCGUCGUGAAACCCAGGAGCCAGCUCACCCUUCCGCCGCCAUCGCCCAACCUCCGGAGCUCCAUGGCGCCCGACUCGGAGUCGGUCCGUAGCAUUUACCACACGGACUGCCACGUGGAAGGGGCCGGGGUGAAGUGCAAGUCUUCCAACAUCCCGGCCGCCAUUAAGUUCCCCAACAACACCAACAUGAACUACCCGACCAUCUUGCCUUCUCCUGUUGUUGGCAAAGGGAGUGUCACCCCGGCGUCCAAAGGGAUGAAAAUGGGAGGAAGCAGCGGAUGCGUCACGCCGGUGGCCAUGGUCAACAGUCCGGCACACAUGAACGUGGAUUCUUACGAAAAGCUCCACCAUUUAGUUGGAGAACAUGGUCUCUGCCGGACGUCCAGCAGGUUGUCCGGACUAAACGUCCCGUGUCCGCUGCCCAGUCCCCAAUCCAGCAUGUUGAACUGUGAGCUCCAGAACUGCCCUUACUGCGCCAGCAUCUUGGAGGAUCCCGAGUUCGAGUUCAGCGAGUCGGACAGCUACGAGUCGGGGGAUGACAACACCGGGGUCUAUGAGUUCACGCAGGAUGUUAAGCAUGGGGACCAAAGGGACCAGAUCCAGCAGCAGAGGAACAAGAAGAGGAAGAAGGAGGACAAGAAACCGCCCAAGGAGAGGAAUAAAAUCGUCAGGUUCUGGAAGGCGUUUGGGGAGAAGCUGAAGCGGAUUGUGGAGAGCAAGUAUUUCAACCGUGGGAUUAUGAUUGCCAUCCUCAUCAAUACCCUGAGCAUGGGCAUCGAGUAUCAUGAACAGCCAGACGAGUUGACCAAUGCCCUGGAGAUCAGCAACAUCGUCUUCACAAGUAUGUUCGCCCUGGAGAUGGUCCUCAAGCUGCUGGCUUUCGGCAUCUGGGGCUACAUCAAGAACCCCUACAACAUUUUCGACGGCAUCAUCGUUGUGAUCAGCGUCUGGGAAAUCAUUGGCCAGUCGGACGGCGGCCUCUCGGUCCUGAGGACUUUUCGCCUUCUUCGGGUCCUGAAGCUGGUGAGGUUCAUGCCAGCCUUGCGGCGCCAGUUGGUGGUCCUCAUGAAGACCAUGGACAACGUGGCCACCUUCUGCAUGCUCCUCAUGCUCUUCAUCUUCAUCUUCAGCAUUCUUGGCAUGCAUCUUUUCGGGUGCAAGUUCGGCUUGAAGACCGAUACGGGGGACACCAUGCCGGAUAGGAAGAACUUCGACACCUUGCUUUGGGCGAUUGUCACUGUCUUUCAGAUCCUGACCCAAGAAGACUGGAACGUGGUCCUCUACAACGGCAUGGCGUCCACCUCUUCCUGGGCCGCCCUCUAUUUUGUGGCCUUGAUGACCUUCGGGAAUUACGUCCUCUUCAACCUCCUGGUUGCCAUCUUAGUGGAAGGUUUCCAAGCCGAGGGCGAUGCCAACAGAUCUGACACGGAUGAAGACAAAACGUCCAUCAACUUUGAGGAAGAGAUGGAGAAGCUGAAGGAACUUCGUGCUUCUGAGAUGAAGAUGUACUCUCUUGCGGUCACUCCCAACGGACACCUGGAGGGCAAGGGGAGCAUGCCCCCGCCGAUCAUCAUGCGCACGGCCGCCACCCCCAUGCCCACCCCAAAGGGCUCCCCACACAUGGACUCCAUGGUCUACCCGUUUCUGGACUCCAGGAGAGGAAGCAACGCCUCGGUUGAUCCCAUGAGCUUUGACCAAAAAUCCUUGUCCAGCCUCCGCAGCACCCCUUGUGCCCCCUGGGGAACCAGCAGCAACUGGGGCAGCCGUCGCUCGAGCUGGAACAGCCUGGGACGGGCCCCGAGUCUGAAGAAGAAGAGCCAGUGCGGGGAACGGGAGUCCUUGCUCUCCGGGGAAGGCAAAGGCAGCACCGACGACGAAGCCGAGGACACCAAGCUCAGCGCCGCCGGGCGGCUGCCACUCCACCGCCGGGCCGAGUCCCUGGAUUGCCGGGGGGCCUUGGAGCUGCCAGAACUGCUCCAGGUGUCUGGGGUCCACCACCCCAUGAGCCUCAGCCCUAUGGCUGUGUUGCCCACCGAGUACCAGGACUGCAACGGGAAAAUGCUUCAUGUGCCCAAUGAGUUCUAUCUGCACAUGGACGGCCACAAGGAUGACCUUCUUGACCUGGAGGAUGAGCUGGAGGACAGUUACUGCUACAGGAUCCGCAAAGCCUUUGAGCCCUACAAGCCGGAGUGGUGCAAGACUCAUGAGGACUGGUCCCUCUAUUUGUUUUCACCCCAAAAUCGGUUUCGGGCCAACUGCCAGAAGGUCAUCGCCCACAAGAUGUUUGACCACGUGGUCCUCGUCUUCAUCUUCCUCAACUGCAUCACCAUCGCCUUGGAGAGGCCAGAUAUUGACCCCAACAGCACGGAACGGGUCUUCUUGAGUGUCUCCAACUACAUUUUCACUGCCAUCUUUGUUGCUGAGAUGAUGGUUAAGGUCGUAGCCCUUGGCUUCUUCUCAGGAGAACACACCUAUCUCCAAAGUAGCUGGAACAUCCUGGACGGAGUCCUGGUCUUUGUGUCCAUCAUCGACAUCAUUGUCUCCAUGGCAUCGGCAGGAGGGGCGAAGAUCUUAGGGAUCCUCCGGGUACUUCGACUGCUGCGCACUUUACGGCCUUUACGCGUCAUCAGCCGAGCGCCGGGUCUGAAGCUGGUGGUGGAGACACUGAUCUCCUCUCUCCGCCCCAUCGGCAACAUUGUCCUCAUCUGCUGUGCUUUCUUCAUCAUCUUUGGCAUCUUGGGAGUGCAGCUGUUUAAAGGCAAGUUCUACUACUGCGAGGGUCCCGACAUCCGAAACGUCUCCACCAAAGCUGACUGCAAAAACGCCCACUACAAAUGGGUCCGGCGCAAGUACAACUUCGACAACUUGGGGCAGGCCCUGAUGUCCUUGUUUGUCCUCUCCUCCAAAGACGGCUGGGUGAACAUCAUGUACGACGGAUUGGACGCAGUAGGGGUUGACCAGCAGCCCAGCCAGAACCACAACCCUUGGAUGCUCCUCUACUUUAUCUCCUUCCUUCUCAUCGUCAGCUUCUUCGUGCUCAACAUGUUCGUCGGCGUCGUGGUGGAGAACUUCCACAAGUGCCGCCAGCACCAAGAAGCGGAGGAGGCCCGGCGCAGAGAGGAGAAGCGCCUGCGGCGACUGGAGAAAAAGCGUAGGAGUAAGGCGAUAUACAUGUCUGAAGCCCAACGCCGCCCGUACUACGCCGACUACUCACCCGUCCGGAGGCACAUCCACACGCUUUGCACCAGCCACUACCUGGACCUCUUCAUCACCUUCAUCAUCGGGGUGAACGUCAUCACCAUGUCCAUGGAGCACUUCAACCAGCCCAAGUCGCUGGACGAAGCCUUAAAGUACUGCAACUACGUCUUCACCAUCGUCUUCGUCAUCGAAGCCGUGCUGAAGCUGGUCGCGUUCGGGUUUCGGAGGUUCUUCAAAGACAGGUGGAACCAGCUGGACCUGGCCAUCGUCCUGCUGUCCAUCAUGGGCAUCACCUUGGAGGAGAUUGAGAUGAACGCCGCCCUCCCCAUCAACCCCACCAUCAUCCGCAUCAUGCGGGUGCUCCGGAUUGCGAGAGUGCUGAAGCUGCUCAAAAUGGCCACAGGGAUGCGGGCUUUGCUGGACACCGUGGUCCAAGCCCUCCCUCAGGUAGGGAACCUUGGCUUGUUGUUCAUGCUCCUCUUUUUCAUCUACGCUGCUCUGGGAGUGGAGCUGUUUGGAAAGUUAGAUUGCAGUGAGGACAACCCCUGCGAAGGUCUCAGCCGCCAUGCCACCUUCAACAACUUUGGCAUGGCCUUCCUCACCCUUUUCAGAGUAUCGACCGGAGACAACUGGAAUGGCAUCAUGAAGGACACGCUCCGGGAAUGCCACCGGGACGACAAGCAUUGCCUCAGCUACCUGCCCAUCAUCUCCCCGGUCUACUUCGUCACGUUCGUCCUCAUCGCCCAGUUCGUCCUGGUCAACGUGGUGGUGGCCGUCCUGAUGAAACACUUGGAAGAGAGCAACAAAGAGGCCAAGGAAGAUGCCGAAAUGGAUGCUGAAAUUGAGCUGGAGAUGUCCAGAGGGAUCAGCACCCCAGUCAGAGUCCCCGAAAGCAACCUGGCUACACCCAGGACAGGAUUGCCGCUGCUGGUCAAGCACCAUGCGCUGGCAUCUCUGAGCUGUGAGAGCGUCUCUCUAGCCAUCCCCGACUUAGACCUGCUGGAGGGAGGGGCGCACCCAAUGGCGGCGUUUGCCUCCUUCCGCGCUUCUUCUCACCGCCAUCUCUUGACAGCUUCCCACAAUGCCCCGGGAGGAGAGGCUGAGGACAUUGCCACCAGCCUCGGGGAACCCCAGAACCUGCUCACUGUCCGCAAGAUUUCGGUGGCCAGGAUGCACUCCUUGCCCAACGACAGCUACAUGUUCCGCCCCGUGAUGCCAGCCAAAGCCCCCUACCCACUUCAUGAAGCAGAGCUGGAGGCCUAUUCAUUCAAGUCACCAAGAGGGUCCAUUACAUCUGUCCGUUCGCAGCCAGUGGAGACCUGCUCCUCGUCGCUGAGGGUGCCACGGGAAGCCUUUCGUCCAACAACUCCACCUCCGCACCGCGAAGGCCAAGGAGCCCCCUGGAAACUUCGGCCUCCGCAGGCGCCACCUCUGUCUCCCAGCGUCAACAGGCUCCUGUGCAGACAGGAGGCAAUCCAGAGGGAUUCCUUGGAAAGUCAGGGAGCCGAUUCAAAGGACAGCACACAAACCGAGGCCUGUGAAACCCUCCAGCCAAAGAAGCUGUUGCAGAGCACCUUGGGCUCCCCUCUGCCCCAACACCCAGCCCCUAUGCCACCCCUGCCUGGGAGCCCUCCUCGUCCCCACACUUCCCUCCAUAGGUCCGCCAGCGUCCGUACCCGCAAACAUGCCUUUGGUCAGCACAGUCUCCCCAGAAGGCCUUCCAGUGGCGAAGGCAAUCCCAACGGCUCCUUCUUCGAGUCCUCAGACCUGGCCGACGAAGAGGUCAGUCACAUCAACAGCUCGGCGGGAGGAUGGCAGGACGGGGUGGACAGCAGGGAGCGGUCCAAGUCCCCCUUCGCCUCCCCGGUUCCAUCCCCCGUCAUCCUCAAGAACGGCAGCACGACCAGCCUGACUGCAGGCGGAUCCAAAGAGAAAGACUUGAAGAAGUUCUACAGUGUGGACACCCGAGGGUUCUUGGCCAAACCAACGUGGACCGAUGACCACCGGCGGCACUCCAUCGAGAUCUGUCCAUUCGUCACUGAUGGGGAUCAUGGCUUUCCUGAGUCGUCGGAGGAGAAGAAAGCGUUCCAUGUCCAUCCCGAGUCUGAAUACAUCCAUGGGGUCCGCCGCAAGAAGAAAAUGAGCCCCCCGUGCAUUUCUAUAGAGCCUCCCAUGGAGGAAGAGAAGAACACAUCCACGCGUACCAAAGCCUCUGAGAACAGCCUGUUGCGCAGAAGGACCCCUUCGUGCGAAUCCACAGCAUACAGGGACUCCUCAGAGCUCUCAGAGAGCCAGCCGGGAGACCCGGGCUCCAAGGGGGAACGCCGGGGGGCACCACCGCCCACCUGUCGCGGAGAGCAUUUAACCAUCCCCAACUUUUCUUUUGAGCAGUCCGAUACCCCCAACUCCACCGGCAGUCUCUCGGAGAGCGGGCCGGUUGGGAGUCUCCCGGCAGAUUCCCUGCCUGAGGACAGCGCGGCGCUCGAAUUGCAAAAGGUGGACCACUUGAAACCUCAGUGCGGACCGCCGCCCGUGCAAAACCAAGAGGUUCUCGGUGGGACUCGGAGCCCCCUCCGGAAGCAUGGACCGGUCCCCGUAAUCACAGCGACGACAACGACGACAGACGGAGAGGUGGACGAACCGGUAUAGCUUCCGAGUUUUGGGGGGGGACACUUAAGUCAGGUGUGAUGUUUAAGGGCUUUUUUGCCACCGCAAGUGGCUUCGAAGUGGGAGAAAAGAUUGAAAAGUCACCACUCCGUGAUGGACGCUUAAAUCCCAAAAUUGUCUCUCUUUUUCUCUCUUCUCUUUCUCUUUCUCUCUCUUUUAAGCGCUGUGAAGGUUUCUGUUGUUGUUGUUUUAAAAUAAAAUCAAAGAGAAAAGCCGGUUUUCCAAAAGCAGCAACAAGGUUCAGGGUAAGGAAAGGCGAUUCGGCGUCCCCUUUCUGAGCAACACACGGAGUACACUUUUCCGAUCCUUCUUUUCCUUCUCCCUUCUCCCUUCCCCGCUUCCCUGCGGCGUGGCCUCAAUCACAUUGAUUUGGGUUUCGGGCCUUUUAUUUUAUCUUUUUUAAAGAAAAUAUAUAUAUAUAUAUAUAUAUAUAUAGAAUUUACAGGAAAAAAGAAACUUUUUUGACUUUUCAAAAACGGCACCUUUUGUUAUUAUUAGGAUGACGGUUCUUGCACGGGAAGUGGUUCACGGAGGAGCAGAAGUGCCCAGGAGACGCAAGUUGUACAUUGUCUGUAUAUCAGCACUUAUUAUAAAUAGAAAAUAAUGUAUUUGGAUUUUUUAAAAGGUUUUAAAAAGAAAAGCAGACAGACACACAGGCACCCAAGACUGGCGCACGUCACAUAACCUUCACGCAAGCACUCUUCUCGUCGUCAUGCGCAUGUUUUUUGUGGAGAACAGUGGACCUGCUCCAGCUACAGUUAGUGGCAUGAUCCCUUUGAAGCCCGUUGCAAACCACCUGAGUCCUAUGAUGAACAGACAAUCCAGUCCUACUCAUUGCUACCGGACACUGUGCCACCAUGGCCCUAAUCUGGCUAAAGUUGCACAGUUAUCUCCUACUGAAACACUGCAACCUAUAAUAAAUGUUUAUGAUGGUCACAGACCAGCAUAAACAGAGUAACUUGCCCCAUUGAUGUGAGUGGGACCAAGCCCCUCUGAACAAACCUGGCCAUGAAAACCCCAUGAUAGGUUUGCUUUAUGGUCACCACAAGUAAGAAAUUACUUGAAGUCACAAAGCAAAAAACAACAACAUUAUAGUGGUGUGUUAGUGGUUGGGUUCAGCAGGUCUUGCUCUAAGGCAGUGUUCUCAACCUUUGGUCCUCUAGAUUUUUUGAGACUUCAACUCCCAGAAUUCCUGAACAAUGAGCAUAGUGACUGGGACUUCUGGGAAUUGAAGUCCAAAACAUCUGGAGGCCCAAAGGUUGCGAAGCACUGACCUAGACUGUUAGAAA